AAAAGCAUGCAGAGGCUGUCCAGACACUGCCUGGAAGAGGGAGAAGCAUUUCCUGGAAGAACGGAAAGCGUAAGAGCAGCCCAGUUCAAAAAGCCAAGAUCUCUGUUUCACGAGAGGACGGACCCACAACUCACAUGCAACCCAGGUCCGCCUUGGAAAAUCUGGAGCCCUGCAGGAGGGAGGAGAAUAAGCUGGGCCGCCGUCCAGGUGUCUUAAUAGACACCAAAUGUUGUAAGUCCUUAGACUCUGUGGCCACCCCCAGCCAGAGGGGGCUCUUCCCUAACCUUCAAUGUAUCCUCAAGGGCGAGCAAUCCUCCAGCUGUCUGAGCUAUGGGAAAAAUUCCCAUCACGGUUUAAGCCCAGCCGAACAUAGGGGCCAGCCUUCAGGAUGUUCGGAUUGCGGGAAGGACUUGGUUCUUACGAAGCGGGGAAGUUUGGAUCGAGGAGAGGAGCUUUACAGGUGUUUAACCUGUGGGGAAAACGUUACUCUCUACUCCGGCCUGAUGAAACAGGAGAGGAUCCACUCUGGGGAGGAGUUGUGUCCUUCCAUGAGCAGCGGGCAAAGAUAUCCUCCAAGGGGAGGUCUUUCCACCUUGGAAGAGCAGGUUUCAGCGGGGGAGAAGCCCUAUCAGUGCCCCACUUGUGGGAAGAGCUUCCAUAAAAGCUCAGCUUUUCGGUUCCACAAGCGAAUCCAUACUGGGGAGAGACCUUACACCUGCGGCGACUGUGGGAAAAGCUUCAGCCAAAGGUCCAAUCUGAUCUUGCACGAGAAAACGCACACAGGAGUCAAACCCUUCCGGUGUUCAGACUGUGGGAAGGCCUUCCUUCGGAGCUCCGACCUCGUGAGGCACGAGAUCACCCACACCGGAGAGAAACCCUACACCUGCCCGGAGUGCGGCCGCUCCUUCAGCCACCACUCGACUCUGAUUGCUCAUGAGAGGACCCACACCGGGGAGAAGCCCUACAAGUGUUCGGUCUGCGGGCGGAGCUUCCGGCACCACUCAGGCCUUAUCAAGCACGAGAGGACCCACACCGGAGAGCGGCCCUACACGUGUCUGGCCUGCGGAAAGAGUUUCAGCCAGAGCUCGGGGCUUACGCUUCACUCGAGAACUCACACCGGCGAGAAGCCCUACCAGUGCUCGGUUUGUGGAAAGAGCUACACGCAGAAGUCGAAAUUGACGAAACACGAGAAGACUCAUUUGGUGGAGAUGAGGCUGAAGAAGUUGGUUGUUCUCCAAAAUCAAAGCCAGAGGGCCCAAUGGAAGGAAGUCAUGUUGGAGAGCAAUGAAACUGUCACUUCUGUGGGUGAUUGGCAGGACACUGAAAGUUACGAAGAAUGCUCUAUGGAGUCAUCAGAAACAACCAGCCCUGAAGCAGGAAAGGAGACCUUCCUAAAUCCAAAAGAGCCUCCCAAAUCAUCAACGAACGAGAAGAAACCUUCCACCUUUCAGGAUGCCGACAUCCACGAUCUCCUGGUCCCGCAGGAGGGUCACCAAGGGAAGUGGAGGAUCCAGUGUCCCGUGUGCGGGAAGAUAUGCAAAUAUAAAUCCGACUUCAACCGGCACCGGGUGACCCACACGGGGGAGAAGCCGUAUCGCUGUACCGAGUGCGGAAAGAGCUUCAGCGACAGCGGGACUCUGACCGCGCAUCAAAGAACCCACACGGGGGAGAAACCGUACAAAUGUACCGAGUGCGGGAUACGCUUCAAUCGGAGCGGGAGCCUCAAGAGGCACAAGAGGACCCACACGGGGGAGAAGCCCUAUCAGUGCCUGGAAUGCGGCAAAUAUUUCAGCCUGAAGUCGAUCCUGACUACACAUCAGAGAACCCACACGGGGGAGAAACCCUUCAAGUGCAUGAACUGCGGGAGGAGCUACAGUCGCAAGGGCAGCCUUGAUAGGCACCAGCGGGAUCACCCAGGGGAGCAGGCCUAUAUCUGCGCGGAGUGCGGGAAAAGCUUUGUGGUUAGCAAUAACCUUCCUGCCUACCGAAAUCGCUCCAUGGGGGACCAACCCUAUAAAUGCCUUGAUUGUGAAAGCCGAGUGAUCAACUUGGUCUAGUUUUGAGGCCUGCUCUCAAAGGUCCAAGCUCCAGAUCGAAACCAAAAUCAGGACGCGACUCG